UUUUUAUUGCCAUCCUCAGUACUUAUAAGUUCCAUUACAGUUCAUACUAGCUAACAAGCUUAAUAUCCAUGGCACAAUAUCAGCUGGUAUUUGCUCUCUUCAUCACGUUGGCUCUUGCCAGUUUUCAAUUUUCCUAUUCCUAUGUCUUGAAGGGUUCUGUCACUUGCUUAGACUGCAAGCAACAUACCAAUCUCUCAGGAAUAAAGGUUUCGGUGAAGUGUAGCCAGGUGAAAACAUUGGCUAUGGCCACAACAAAAGAAGAUGGCUCUUUUGGAACAAACCUCCCUUUGGACAGUACAAACAAAUGCUAUGCCAAGAUCCUUGGAGGUCCUAAUCAGCUCUUUGUUUCAAGAAAAGAAACAGAUCCCACUAUUGUCAAGGCUCAAGAGGAUGAUAAUGCUUACACUAUAUCUAAGCCCUUAAAGUUCUACACAAGAUGCCCUUUAUCCAACAAUGGAAAAUGUCACGAGUUUGGUUCAUCAAAGACUAUUGAUCUACCAGUGCCAAAGGAGUGGGGACUUGCACCAACUAGCUAUUAUUUUCCUUUCAUCCCCAUCAUUGGCAUACCUUAAUUACUAUAUAGUCUUUAAUUAGUGGAUGUGGGAAAUGGCAAUACUUGCUACUAUACUGAAGUAAACUCACAUCUCUGUCUAUCUAUGUCAUAGUUGUUUGGAAGAAAGGUCUCAGAUAUACCUUCGUCAUGUAUGAGAUGGUCUUAUAUAUAAAUAUUAAAUAUAAACAUAUAAUAUAUGUUUAUAUAGGUUUUGGGUGUAGAAAAUUAAUUGUGUAAUGUUGUCUAGUCCUUGCAAAAAGUGGUUGUUUCUGUAAUUGCGAGUUUGCAACUUAAUGAAGUAAAUUUGUGUGUUAA